ACACAUGCGGGGUACCGCCUGCUCCCAGAAGCGAACGUAGCCUGGGAGGAUUUUUACCGUGUUUGUGGCGUCUGUUUGAGGAAGGUCUGUGUCGUUGUGACAGCGGCUGCGGUACCUCAGCGUAGAAACGCAUGUCUGAAAGCGGAGUCAAAACUGACACAACCUGACCGGCUCCCAGCUGCCCGGCUCCCCAAGGAAACAAACCUCGUUUAGCCAACAAUGGCAUCCACACUGAAUCUUAAAGAAGCCUCUGGCAACCAAAGCUCACGGGAUACUUUGCUACCAGAUUUCCCUAGAGGACCGCUUUGCAAAUAUCGUAAGAAAGCCUCUUUCAACUGGAAGGAGAUGGCAGUGUUUUUAGAUGGUGAAGAUACCAUCCAGCUUAAGAACAGAAUCUUCUCUGCUCUGGAAAGUGAUCCUCUCUUUGCACAUCAUCCUGGAGAAGAGUUAUGCCGUGAGAAAUACCAGGAGCUGACAUUCCUGCGCUGUAAAAAGCUCUUUGAGUAUGAUUUUCUUACUCAGCAAGAGAUCAUAGAGAACCCAUUAAAGAUACUUAAUAUGGUGAUCUGUAUAGGAAUGUAUGAUUGGUCUCCAUGUCUCCAGUAUUUCUUACAUGGCGGUGUAUUUGCAGGAACAAUUUUGGGUGCUUCAAAGAGGUUUUCAGACUUCGUGAAACAAGUUUAUAGCAUGGAGAUUUUUGGAUGUUUUGCUCUGACUGAACUCAGCCAUGGAACUAAUACCAAAGGCAUACGGACUACUGCCACAUUUGAUCGUAGCACUCAGGAAUUUAUCAUCAAUACUCCUGACUUCGAAGCUGCAAAGUUCUGGGUUGGUAAUAUGGGGAAGCAUGCCACUCAUGCAGUUGUGUACGCCCAGCUCUAUACUCCUGAUGGACAGUGCCAAGGGUUACAUUCCUUUAUUGUACAGAUUCGAGAUACAAAAACUCUCCUACCAAUGCCAGGUGUGAUGGUAGGUGACAUAGGAAAGAAACUUGGACAGAAUGGGUUGGAUAAUGGAUUUGCCAUGUUCCACAAUGUCAGGAUACCUAAAGAAAACAUACUGAAUAUAGCUGGAGAUGUCACAGCUGAGGGGAAGUACUCAAGUUCAGUCAAGGAUGUUAAAGAGCGUUUUAGGGCAGCUCUGGGAUCCUUGUCCACUGGCAGAAUUCUCAUCACGGCAAUUUCCAUAACGAAUUUAAAGCUUGCCUUAUCGAUAGCCAUUCGCUUCUCAGCAGCUCGCCGACAGUUUGGACCAACUGAUGGUGAAGAAAUACCUGUUCUUGAAUACCAAACACAGCAAUGGCGUCUUCUUCCUUAUCUGGCUGCUGCAUAUGCCUUAGAUUAUUUCUCAAAAUCCUUGUUUGAGAUCUUCGUAGAAUUUUAUGCAGGCUUAUUGACAAAGCAAAGGAGUCAGAGACAGGCUGAUUUGGGACGUGAGAUUCAUGCCUUAUCUGCUGCCAGCAAGCCACUGUCAUCUUGGACUGCUCAGCAGGCAGCCCAGGAGUGCCGAGAAGCUUGUGGAGGACAUGGUUACCUUGCCAUGAAUCGUCUGGGUGAAAUCCGAAAUGACAAUGAUCCAAACUGCACAUAUGAGGGAGAUAACAAUGUCCUGCUUCAGCAAACCAGCAGCUACUUAAUGAGCUGGAUGAGUUGCAUAAGAGAUAAAGCUCCUUUUGAAUCCCCUUUUGGAACAAUAAAUGUUUUGCAAGACUACCAUCAUAUCCUGGGCUGGAAAUUCACAGCUACUAGUGUUGAAGAUUGCAUGGAUUCCUCAGUUCCUUUAGCAGCAUAUAAAUGGCUGGUUUGCUACCUGCUCCGAGAAAGUGACCGAAAGCUGAGCAAGGAGAAGCAGUCUGGGCGAAGUGAUUUUGAGGCGAAAAACAACUGUCAGGUGUACUACUGUCGAUCACUAGCCAUUGCUUUUAUUGAACAGACAGUCUUGCAAAAAUAUCAUGACUACACUCAUGACCCCAACAUACCAUCUACUCUGCAGCCAGUGCUUAAGAAUCUCAGUGCACUGUAUGGACUCUGGUCUUUGAGUAAACAUCUGGCUGUGCUCUACCAAGGUGGCUAUGCUUCAGGUGAACAAGCUGGUAGAUUUAUUCAGGAUGCUAUUCUGGAGCUCUGCUACAGGUUGAAAGAUGAUGCAGUUGCCCUGGUGGAUGUCUUUGCUCCUCCUGACUUCAUUCUCAACUCUCCCAUUGGUAAAGCUAGUGGAGAGUUAUAUAAAAAUAUGUGGGCAGAGAUCCUUCAAGGCAGCAAAGCUCUGAACAGACCUUCAUGGUGGGCAGAAUUUUGCAUUAAUAAACCUGUCAUAGGCAGGCUGAGGUCAAGAUUGUAAACCAAACAACUUGUAAGAGGCUGGAUGGGCCUGAGAUGGGUACCGUAUUUCAAACAUCAGGAGGAAAUGAGACCAUAUGUCAAAUGCUGAAAAUGAAAGAGAUUUUCACAGAGAAGUGCCAAGUUUUGAAAUAACUUUGAAAUCAAGUCCAAGUUGGUCUCAGGGCCUGUUAACAUAAUAAUGACAGGAGCAAGAGCAACACAUCGGCACACUCUUCAUAUUUACUCAACUGAAUACAAAAAAAAUGAAGAUUCAUGAUCAUUGCUUUGCAAAUUUUCGAUAAAAGAAAUGUUCCAGUGGGUCUCCUGACUUUACUAUCAUAUUACAGAAGUUAAAUAAUUAAAACACAUUUCCCACCAGGGAUUAUGAAUAAGAUGAACAAAAGCAAAAUGAAACAGAAUUUGAAGAAAAAAGAAAACAAGAACACCAACAGUGAUAAACCUGUAUUAAGGGAUGGGAAUAAUUUCCGACUGCCCCUUUGAAGCCUGUGAAGCUCUUCUGAUUUACUUAUCUGCCUCUGUGUUAAACUGCUUGGUUGCUCUUUCAAUGCAGGAGAGGAUUGGGAUUUUAGAUAAUCUGUCAUUGAAUUGUGUAUAACUCUGUAGAUAAAAUUAAUUGAAAAUUACUCAUUUACAUGUCUUUUGUAAAAAAAAAUGUAUGGUAAUGCAAACUUGUAAGUCUUAUAUAUGUUCUUGGUUGGCUACAGUGUUGUCAGUACUGCAAAACCAGUAUCAAGCCCGGCAUACAUUGACACACACAGACACUGCAUCUAUGUUUUAGGUCAGAAUAUGCUUAAAUGCAUUAGUAUAAAUGCUAUCUUAUAAAAACAUAUGGCAGUGGUGGGCAUUUUUGAACAUAUUAGGAUAGUUCUCUUUCAGCUAUAUUAACUAUCAAAUAUUUUUAUUCACAAAUGGAAGAGACACUAACAAAGCUUUGAAAAUGCAGAAUAUUUUAUGGUUUAGAUAUGCUAUGAAAAACAAAUUAAUUUUUUCCUUUAUCGUGUCUAUGAAUUGAAGUACUGUUAAAAUCUGGUUCCUGUGGCCUUACUGCUGUGAGCAAUCCUAUCAAGCCAAAGACAUUAUUUUAGAAGUUAAAAAAUUGAGUAUUAUUUAUGGCUAAUCAGGGAUGAAUUAUGGUUUGUCCUAUUAAAUAAAUACUUGAGUGUUGAAUUCUGCUCAAGCAGAAACAGACCCUUGUCCUUGUGGGGUUUUAUAAUGUCAUCUACUGUUGCAGUGUCCAUGUAUGAAAGUUCUUAAGUCUAUACAGGCUGCCACAGCGUGCAGUAGUUCAGUAGAUGCUUCUUUGAUUCCAUCUAAAUCUGACACAGCUCAGGAAACGUUUUAUGGCUGGAGAAUGUAUCAAAAGGCCAGUGUUAGAUUUCUCAGAGUACCUCAAGGUACAUUUCUUUACUAAACAGUGUGUGGGGGGGGAAGUUUUUAAGUGCUUAUUUGUAUUUUUAAGAGCAGUUUAUCAGAGAGCCUGGGGACUCCAAGUGCAUAAUAACACAAGUACAGUUUAGGACAGGCCAGACAGCCCCUUUAUAUGAACCAUGAUCAUAGUGAGAGAACAUUCGGAGAGCAUGUCCCCCUCUGCUCCCCUGUUCUCGGCCAAGUGCUUGCAGAGACCCAACCUAGAUACCACUUCAGAAAAAAGAGAGAGGUGAGGAAAAGCAAUCAAUUCUACAUUAACAAAGCCAGGUACCCUUCCCUGGAGGCAUGGACUCCUUAGGCAGCUUGCUAACUGCCACGAUUCUACGGAAUCAGACCAUAAAUAAUACAACUAUAUGAAGUGAUGGCUCUUGGUGGAGCCCGUAGUAGUGGCACAACCUGUGUUGUCUCGGUUCAGAAGUGGGGAGUUGGAGACAACCACAGGCUGAUAGCUUUUAGAUGAAAGGAAUGUUCUUUUAGUAAAGAUAACUCCUUAGCCAAGC